AUGCCUCGCACGGCCCUGGAGCCGCCGCCGGCCGACUUUGACGUGCCGGACGAGCAGCAGGAGGAGCGUCUGCCGCGCCAACAGCGCGACAAGCUGCGCUUCAAGGGAGAUCUCUACACGCCCACCUGGGUGCGAGGCACGGGCAAUGCGAGAGAGGCGUGGUGCGACAAGUGUCCUAACGGAGGCUGGAUGCAGCUCAAGAACAGCCAGUACUGGUAUCACGUCCGCGGCACGCACGGCAUCAGCCCUACCUCGGGCCUCGUCUUCCUGCCGCCCCUCAAGCUGCGCUGCUACGCCGACUCGGUCGGCACGACCGAGGGUCUGUGUCACUCGUGCAGCAAGUGGAUUCAGAUCUGCACGGCGAAGCGCAAGCGCGACUUUAGCGGCUGGUUCAAGCACAGUGCACGCUGCCAUCCUGCGACGUCGGGCAUCGGUGCAUCGGCGUACAUGCGUGACGCCGUGCUCUCUCAGCCGCCGCCUUCUUCUUCGACGCAGCUGCCUCCUCUGCCUCACCACCUCGGAGCACCGACCAGCAGUGGCGGUGGCGCCGGCGGUCACGCCUCGCAGCAGCAUGCGCACUCGCAGUACGCACACUCGCACUCCCAUUCGCACGGCCACUCGCACAGCGGCAUGCUCCCCUCCGGUGCUCCUCUCUCCGACACCGGCUCGUACGGCCACCUCGUAGGCGGCAUGCCGGCCGCAAGCAUGCCCUCUGCGGCUGACGGCUCGGCGCCGGACCACUACCGCCAUCGCUGA